UCUGCCGUCGCCAAGCCCCUCGGAAUCGCCUGUUCGUAUAGGCGGCUUGGUGUCGGCGUGUCCAUAUGCUGCCCCUAAAAUGGCACAAUGUCGGCACAGUGUGAACCUGGAUGACAUCACUUUCGGGGAUGAUGGAUCUCGUGGCUCUCCGGUCUUCUAUCUGACCUACUUUCAGAUGCACCUGGACUUUGUCGACCUGACCUGCAGCACCGAGCUCCAGCGACACCAAUUGGUCCGUCUGAACGAACGCCAAACGCUCCUUUCGGCUCCAGCUAUCGAUAUAUGUAGUGCUCCUCUUAACCUGCUGCCUGGACUACAAGACGAAUUCGACAAGAGCAUCAGAUCGGCUUCGUUCUUCUUGCUGAAGAUGAACAUCGACCUGGGAUACACAUACUCGGGUGUGUGCAAAAACAUUGCCAUUUACGAGUCGCUGCGGUACCGCACCAUAGAGUGCACGACAAGUAUCCAUUCCUUUGGCAAAAAGAUCCUCGAGACCACCGAGAUGCGCUAUCCACUCAACCAAGACGACCGGCUGAUAUACCGGUUUGACUUUGCCGGGGAUUUCUUCAAUACCUUCCUCAAUGGCUUCUCACAACUUGAAACCUACAGCGAAGCAGUCUGGGCGAUCGAAAAUCUCACAGUCAUGCAGAUCUAUAAGGACAUCGACGCCGGAAAUGCACCAACGACGGUGCUCUGCCUUGCCUUUGUGUUUGAACCUGGAGCCGGUGGCAUCGACGUUCUUCGACUGAAGGACUACGGAUACACGGACUGAGUCGAAGCUUGCAUGCAAACCUCUCCAAUAGCGCACACGCAUGCAAGGGCCCCCGCUGGGUACACUUUCACUCAUCCCGAUGCUGCAGCACUACACCCUUUCCAUCCCCAGCUCAACGCUCUUACCUGCUGCAUUCUGCUCACGAUCUCGGCCCUAACAGCCGCCCUUGCUCCAGCACCGGGAUGCUCUAUAUUUCCUCUUCUUCCACGCUUGCACCGUUGACGCUUUUCAUGUGCUCAUAUGGAUAGCCCCAUAUCUUUGCUACUCGUAGAGAGCAAGCGCCACGUUUGCCUCUGUUGCGUUUGCUUGUUUGAUUCAUUGUUCUCCUGUUUCGAUCGUCUACUCCUGGAUCUCCUUGGUCUUGCAUAGAAUGGGUUCUGACUCGAUAGACAUCCCUCCUGCCACGUACUCUAGACGAAGAAUGGUAGCUGUAGAACCG